AUGUGGGUCGUUGGCGUUCGGCCCAUAUUGGUGCUGCUUCUGGCUCGGACUCUUCCAUCGGCCCUCGCCGGCGACAUUGGCCGAUACAUCAUCCAACAGGGGAUCUCGCUCAACCACUCAACAGGAUCAUCUGGAGAUGCCUUUGCCAGCAGCUGUCAGUCGGCGCUGUGGGCGUACCAGACGGCAUCUAGCGCAUAUGGUCGCAAUCAUACUGCACCAUCCGUCGUAACAGUACCACAAUGGCAAACAGCAGCUCCCAGUGUAUCGGCCUCGAGCGUGACGGUGCUCUGCGAUGGAUACACACGAGCUGUCGGCUCCGCCAGCAUCGUCUCGCUUUCUCAAAUUGCAAACACAACUUACACUAUAAUGGGAGCCCCGGGACCAUAUCCCACCUCGAUGCCUUGCUCGAUAAAUCCCUCCGAUUGUGCCAACUUAUACCGCUCGUACUCUACUGCUGUAUCCUCGCUGAUCGGCACGAAUUCUACCCUUCUGGCACCGCCGUGUAAUGUUGAUGGCAGUAGUAGUAUCACCUUCUCUUCGGCUUAUUGUCUGGGCACUGGUCUAAACGGAAUUGUCGGGGUUGUUGGGAAGUCAGUCCAAUUGUUAUACUGGCCUGUCAGGACUUCCGACAGUCCUGAGUAUUUCUGCACUCAAGGAAAGUAUUCCAAAACCUCCGCAUCACCUUUGACCAUCCCUGGAACUCCCACUGGCUCAGGACCCAACACGUUCGUUACUGGCACUCUGACCAUUACCUCGCCAACAAUUGCCCUCGCAUACAGUGACCUCUCCCGUGUCGACGGAUGCGGCACUACCAUCCAGACCACCAUCAUCACGAUGAGACCAGAAGAGCUCGCCAGCAYUCGCGGUGGUCGCGCGUUAUACGACCUUCGACCUUUCAACUACGGGGAUUUGAACUGGAUGUGUCCUUCUCAAGGGAACAGCAGCCACUUCACUGCCCAAGACGUCGAGGGCAAGAACUGCUAUCAGAAUGUUCCUGCCCAGGCAUACUGGAACGCGGCUCAGAAUUUCGACGUGGCCAAUUAUCAUUCGGUAAAUGAGAUACAGAAAUGGACGAUCAUCAACAACUAUCAGCCCUAUGUCCGGCCGAAUGAUUCUGUUUGGUCGGAAACGAUGCACAGCCUGUGGGGAACCAGUGCAAGGUGGUACAUCGAUGGCUCAUGGGAUCCCCCAAUCGCCCUCUCCGAAGCGGCGGCCGUCGCGAAACCCACCCUUCCAGCCUCGUUCUCUGCCAAGCCAACAGCAGAGACGCCCACAUAUCCGGCGAUGACCACUAAACCGCUUCCGCAGAAAUUCAGCGAMACUUUUCCUUCCUCGACUGCUAGCCCGCAAGCUACCGCAAAUGUUCCCGAUUCCUCUCAUGAUGGUGCAGCAUACGAUGUUCCUUCGUCGGGUCAGGGAGGCUCGCCGUCAGCAUCUAGCCAAGCCGACCAGAAUUCAAUGCCAGGCCUGGAUUCAUCCAAUGAUGCCCCUUCAUCAGGUCAGGGAGGCUCAUCGCCAGCAUCUAGCCAAUCCGACCAGAAUUCAAUACCAGGCCUAGAUUCCUCCAACAACGCCCCUCCAUCAGGUCAGGGAGCCUCGCCGUCAGCAUCUGACCAGGCCGACCAGAAUUCAACACCAGGCCUAGAUUCAUCUAACAAUGCCCAUCCAUCAGGUCAAGGAGUCUCACCGCCAGCAUCAGGCUCCGCGAACCAAAACCCUGCUCCAAGUGUUGGAUCCUCCGAUGUAGUAAUCGAAACUCAAACCAUACCCUUCACUUACAUCCCCGCGCCCGGUACUACUACUCUCAUGGCCGUCUUCGCAAGCGAGACUUUAUCAGUCGGUGGCCCGGCGCAUACAAUCAGCGGACAUGUUAUAAGUGCAGCACCUGGCGGUUUGAUGGUGGACGGUGCGGAGCCCUCCGAGAACAAUCCUACUGGAAAUCCAGCAGCAGGUGUGGAUACAAAGUCGCAGAACGAUCAGAAUGCCAGUCCUACUGCACCUGGUGAUUCUGCUGCUUCUAACGAGGCACACCAAUCUGGGGAUGUAACGACUGCAGGUCAAGCCACUUCGGCUGAUGGCCCUGGGAGCGAGUCAUCAACUACUGGCGUGAGGAACGACGGAUCGCCUCGUCACUCUGCAAGUUUGCUAUUUGGACUACUGGUCUCUGUAUAUUGCAUGAUGACGUGA